AUAACAUCAAUCAAUUGAACAAGGAUUAUCGCCGUCUCGAGGACCGUGUUCCAGCCAGCGCGUGUCCCACUUGUCAAGGGUCGAUUUUCUGGGUCGAUCCACACCUUCCUUCCUGUCUAUGUCCUGCGGGCUGCGUUCCGACAGCGACUGGCGGGCUCCUCUCCGACGUCGCAUACUCCAGGCCAUCCAUCCAUCCAUACCCGCAUGCUUCGCAGCAGGCCUAGCGCGUCUUUACUUAAAGCUGGUUCUCGCACUCCAGACCCCUCUCCAGACCCCCAGUCCCAAGCCGACAACAACCACAAGGACGGGACCAAGGCAGUCGAGAGUCACAUUAGCGAUAAUACACAAGACAACGCCCACAACGAAACUAGCGGCAAUACGAGCGGCAUCAAUCGUUGGCAGAAGGACGACAGUCCGCAGGAAGGCACCGAGGUAUAUAACAUUGAGACGGGUGGUUUGCUCGACCUUAUGGGUUCCGACCCACAGCAUUGUGAACACCCAAACAAGCCUGCUAGUGGAUUUACCCAUACACGACUGGUUCCUCCACCCCGACAAGUCGCCUGGUGUACGGACGCCCCUCUUCGUUCUCCCCUUUCGCCGUUCCAACUGCCUUCAGGCAUUCUCAGGGCCUCUGGCCCUGUAUUGUGUGCGUGUAGAGCUUCCGCCAAUGACGACUUUCACUUCGACGGCCGGCCCGGCCCGGCCUGCCAAUUCAACCACCGAACAACACCUCCCGCCGUUACGCAACUUCGAACCUCCAGGCAACGGCAGAGUCAUCGUGGCUUGCAACGAAGCCAUCGCGACCUUGGUGGUAGGUUCGAUAACGCCAUCAUCGCCGUUCAGUGUGGCUCGCCCGCGAGCCCGCGCGAGCUUAUUCGACAGCGGUACGUCAAGCCACGGCCCGGCAGCGACUCUCCAAAGUUGCCGCCGACGUUCCAGCGCCCAAAGGUCGGUCGCGUAUGCAUCCAGGCCACAGUUAAAGUGAAGUCAGAUUCGGCUGUUGCUCUACGUUAACGGGUAUUCUUUACUCUGUACCGUAUUAAGAUAUCAAGAUCUGGCACAGGUCAGAGGUGUUCUGUAUUGGGUUUGACGUACUGUGAUAUUACAUAUGUAUCGGGUGAACUGCACUAUACCUUAUAGGGGUUUAAAGCAAUCAUUUAUAUACUCAUCAAUAUAUACUACUACCCGUC